GUAUCUGAUGUUCAUCAUGGUCCUGGUCACUGUGGUGGUCCUCAACUGCGUGGUGGUCCUCAACCUGCACUUCAGGACGCCCAGCACGCACGUCAUGACCAACUGGACCAAGAGGUUCUUCCUGGAGCGUCUGCCUCGGAUCCUCAGGAUGUCCCAGCCGGCUGACGCGGAGCCUCCCUGGGACGGAGCUCUGCAGCGGCGCUCCAGCUCCGUGGGCUACAUCGCAGCAGCAGAGGAAUAUUACACCGUCAAGUCUCGCAGCGAGCUGAUGUUUGAGAAACAGUCGGUGAGACACGGACUGAGGACCAGAGCCACACAUGCUGCAGGUGGGCGUCCUCCCCACCGGGG